AUGCCGUUUUUGGAGCCGCCACUACGUGUCGCUUCGGCACACUUGAGUCUCUUGGGACUCGAACAGCCAACCCGCUUGUUCCCCGGCCGGCAGGCGCUGCGUCUGCCCCUGUGGACGUUUGGAAAGCACGGCCUCGCGGAGCACUGGCGAGGUUCGCUCAUCGCUCGCACAGACUCGCGUCCGGAACCGGGCAGCGCUCCACCCGAGGCACUGCGUCUGGUACCGACCACAGGUGACGGCCGGUGUCUCUUUCGGGCGAUUGCCAAGUGUUUGGCCUUUUAUGGAAAGCGGCCGCUUCCUGAGCACCUCGAAAGAGCCGACGCAGACGCUCUCCGGGAGGCGGCCUUCCAAGAAAUCUGUCUUCUGCGUCGGCAGGAGUUCCAGAAGAAGCACGUCGUAGAGGGUGACAUGGGCGCUUACUGCGCACAGUUGCGCUCUCCAGAGUUCUACGCUGGAGAACCCGAGAUGUUCGCCUUGGCGGACGUCCUCGAGAGACCCAUUGAGGUGUAUCUGGUACACCCGCAAAACCGGACGCUGCUCAAAAUCGUCGAGUACGGCUCAGUCUAUCGCAAAAGACAGCAGGAUCUGGAACCCGUUCGAGUCGCUUACAACGGAACGAAUCACUAUUCAGCGUUGUUACCAAGGACGCAGCGCUAA